AUGACAGGGACGGAUCCGACACUUACCCCGCCGCCCUCGCCGCCGUCUCCGACGGCCUCAUACUACGACGUGAGCGAUGACGAAGAGAGAGGGUACAAUACCAUCGCUCAAUCGAGCUCUGGGAAUGGUGUAAAGUUACUGUUUUCCAAGAGCAAGGUCUACAUCCACCCUACUCCAUCGUCGAAGGACAACAUCCCUGGGUUUAUCGCUUUGGUUCAACAAAAACCUCUCGGUGGAACAGCAUCACACGCGAUAUCUGAAGCCUCUUCAAAAAAUGCCGACGCUUCCUCGUAUCUUCUGGCAUGGGUCCCCGAAUCGGCCAUGGGAGACGCUUACGACACCUACGUGAAGGUCGAUCUAUCAGAAGACGACUCCUCGCCUCGACAAACCUAUCUCGUUCCAGCUCUUCCAACCAUGACAACAUAUAGGGAUGCAAUCGGCAUGUAUGCGUUUGCGGUGCCCCUGUCGGAAAUAUAUUCUCUAUGGGUACGACCGCCAAGUCUAGGAUGGUGGUACGGAAGUGUUGUCAUUUGCACAAGGUCUGGUGAUAACUUCCCGGCUCUUUUCUUCCACGACAACGAGUGCGAAUCCACGAUAUUACAGAAGAGAAAGAGAGCUCGGGAAACCUUUGACCCCUUCUCAGAGGACGGCACCGUUUUCUGGGGUGGAGAUGAAGUGUUGAGGUGGAUAAAAUGCUACGCUGAUGUUCAGCGCGCUGCGGCAGAUCCAACUAAAUAUCUCAUCAACCCUACUGAGGAAGAUAAGACGGCGUUUGGUCGACCACUCAGUGCCAAAUCACAAAAGUCUCCGGCUGAGGCUUCUCAGAAACCCUCGCGUGAUGCGGCAAUGGACCCCCUAACGAAAGCAUUGAAGGAGACACGAUGGAAAGUUUUGGAAGGUCUCAGCCGCAUCACCACCUUCACACGGCGUACGGCAAAUGAGAUAGCAGACAACCCGAUCGUUCCACCCCAAGUACGCAGAUUGAUGAAAAAUCCAGAAGUGCAGACCCUGCAAGAUGAAUUUGACAGUGCCAGGAUAUACCUUGCCCGAUGGGCAAUGAGUAUCGCUGAGCAAAGUGAACGAGAACGAAAUCAACGCAUUUGGACUGCGCAGGAUGUGCUCGAGAGGGAGAAUAGUUUGGUAGGGGACUUUGAAAUCCUCGAGCUAGAGACUGGUACCAUGUCGAUCCAAGAACGGCGCAAAGUUGUGACAAUUGAAGAGUGGAAUGGCUGGUUCAACGGUCCCGGUGGCCACCUACAAAUAACCGCUGACGAAGUCAAAGAACGAAUCUGUCAUGGCGGUCUUGAUCCCAAUGAUGGUGUCCGCAAAGAGGCAUGGCUCUUCUUAUUGGGAGUAUACUCUUGGGAUAGCAGCGAGGAUGAGCGGAAGGCCAUUAUGAACUCUCGCAGAGAUCAAUACGUACGAUUGAAAGGCGUAUGGUGGGAGAGGAUGGUAGAUGGUGAUCCAUCCAGCGAAGAUUUCGAAUGGUGGAAGGAGCAAAAAGCCCAGAAGGAUGUGCAUCGGACAGACCGGACAAUUCCCCUCUUUGCCGGGGAAGACAUACCUCAUCCAGACCCAGAUUCGCCUUUCGCCGAUGUAGGCACGAACGUUCAUCUUGAGCAAAUGAAAGAUAUGCUUUUGACGUAUCACGAGUUCAAUCCAAGCUUAGGGUACGUUCAAGGUAUGAGCGAUCUGCUUGCGCCAAUCUAUGCUGUCGUGCAAGACGAUGCUGUGGCCUUUUGGGCGUUUGUCAAUUUUAUGGAGAGGAUGGAGCGAAACUUCCUUCGUGAUCAAUCCGGCAUGCGGGCUCAAUUAUUGACGCUGGAUCACCUGGUACAACUGAUGGAUCCGCAGCUCUAUCUGCAUUUGCAAUCGGCAGACAGUACCAACUUCUUUUUCUUUUUCCGCAUGCUUUUGGUCUGGUACAAACGCGAGUUUGUGUGGGGAGACAUCCUCCGGUUAUGGGAGACACUAUGGACCGACUAUCUCUCGAGUAGCUUCCACCUGUUUAUUGCUCUGGCUAUUCUAGAAAAACAUCGAGAUGUGAUCAUGGACCAUCUCAAACACUUUGACGAAGUCCUCAAAUAUAUCAAUGAGCUCUCGAAUACGAUGGAACUGCUCCCGAUCCUAACUCGUGCAGAGUCGCUUUUCCGCCGCUUCGAGCGUACUGUCCAGGCAGUUGAUAAGCAGAACAAUUUCCCAGCGCCCAAAGUCCGUCAACGGAUUGAACAAGCUGGCAAGGGUAAAUCUCCUGGGCGUGCUGUCACCACCAGCAGUAGUGUUGGGGGGCAGUCGUCUCAGGGCCUGGGACAGAGGAAAGAAAAGGUUAUAUCACCCGAACUCCGCGAGCUUCUGAGCCGUAAAGUUACCGCGUUUAGCACGGCGAAGGAAGAAGGACAAGGCGACACCUCGAAGCCCUAA